AUAAUAUGCACUACUUACGUUACAUUGGAUUCUCCAUCUGAAUUUACAGAAAUGACAAAGUACAAGAUACUGUAGUUUAGAUACAGUAAUAUACUAUUAUGCUACCACGGGUAGGGGUCGCUAAUGGUGCUUGGAGUCAGUGCAGCUGACCGAAAAGAGCAGGCGGAGUUUAUUUGUUGCAUUACGGAAGAGGUUGGCAUUUGGUUAUCAAAUUCAUUUCGAGGCCCAUGUAAAGCGGUUUGCUUAAAAAUAGAAAGCUCCAGCAAGCGAUUGCUUUCUUUACAGCACAACGGCCUUGCUUUCAAUUUUAAAUUUACGACCAGAUUAAAAACAAACAAAAAAAAAUGAGUCAGAUAGAAAGCCGAAAGCGCUUCAGAAUCGAAAACUCGGAUGCGGGAGAUGGUUUCAAAACCCCGGAGAAAAAGAUUUCCAACGUGAUAGGGGCGAGCGGCGACUACCAUGACUGGGGAGUCGAUGAAGUCUGCGGCUAUCUGCGGCUCAUGGGAUACGGGGAGUGGCAGCAGCGAUUCAGAGAUGAACAGAUUACAGGAGUGACACUGCCCUACCUUACAGAGGCUCACCUGGAGAAAAUGGGAAUUUGCUUGCUUGGGGUCCAGUUGGAACUGCUUCACUGCUUCAGGAAGCUGUGGUUUUGCUCGCCCGUUGAAAAAAUAAAGAUAUUCAAUGAUCCCAUCCACGGGCACAUUGAGCUGCACCCCCUGCUGGUUCGUAUAAUAGACACCCCUCAGUUCCAGCGACUCCACUACAUCAAGCAGCUUGGGGGAGCCUUCUUCGUGUUUCCUGGGGCUUCCCAUAACCGGUUUGAGCACUCCAUUGGGGUGGGUUACCUGGCAGGGAGGCUGGUCCAGGUGUUACAUGAGCGUCAGCCUGAGCUGCAGAUCAGCCAGAGGGACAUGCUUUGUGUGCAGAUCGCAGGACUGUGCCACGAUCUGGGUCAUGGUCCUUUUUCGCACAUGUUUGAUGGAAAAUUCAUCCCAAAAGCUUGUCCAACGCUUGACUGGAAGCAUGAGACCGCAUCACUGCAGAUGUUUGAUCACCUCAUCUCUGUCAAUGGGCUGGAGUCUGUGAUGGUGGAGCAUGGCCUGGAGCUUCCAGAGGACCUUCACUUCAUCAAAGAGCAGAUUGCAGGACCUACCUGCAUCCCGGAGGGAGACGGCCAGGAGACGGCUUUGUGGCCAUAUAAAGGACGGACAGAAGCCAAAGGUUUCCUGUACGAGAUUGUGGCUAACAAGAGAAAUGGUAUAGAUGUGGACAAAUGGGAUUACUUUGCAAGGGACUGUCACCACCUUGGAAUCCAAAACAACUUUGACUACAAACGCUUCCUCAAGUUCGCUCGUGUUUGUGAAGUCGGGACAAAGAAACACAUUUGCACGAGAGAGAAGGAAGCUGGGAAUCUCUACGAUAUGUUUCACACGCGGAACUGCCUCCACCGUAGAGCCUACCAGCACAAGGUUGGGAAUAUCAUUGAAACAAUGAUUACUGAAGCGUUCCUGAAGGCAGAUCCCUACAUUGAGAUUGAAGGAUCACAGGGAAAGAAGUAUGCAAUCUCCACAGCUAUUCAAGAUAUGGAGGCGUACACCAAGCUUACAGAUCACAUCUUCCAGCAGAUCUUGUAUUCCAGCACCUCAGAGCUGGCAGAGGCCCGUGAAAUUCUCAAUAACGUUAUUUGCCGUAAACUCUACAAAUGUGUUGGACAAACGCAGCCCAAAUCCAAAACAAAGAUUUCAAAUGAUCAACUUGACAUUUUGGCCAGUGAGGUCGCUCAAGCUUACCCACAGAACUCUACAGAUGUGAAGCUGCAAGCAGAGGAUUUCAUUGUCACUAUCAUUUCCAUGGACUACGGAAUGAAGGAGAAGAACCCCAUAAAUAACGUGCGCUUCUACUGCAAGAACGACCCCCAAAAGGCCAUUCGGAUCCGCAGAAAUCAGGUGUCUCAGCUGCUGCCAGAGAGGUUUGCAGAGCAGCUGAUCCGGGUGUACUGCAAGAAAAUUGACGAGCAGAGUAUUGAGGCUGCCAAGAAAUACUUUGUACAGUGGUGUAUAAACCGGGACUUCACCAAGCCACAGGAUGGGGAUAUUUGCGCUCCAGAGCUGACGCCGCUGAAAGCCAGCUGGAUUGAUGAGGAAGACUCGGAGGAUGACUGCCCAGGUCCUACCAAUGGGACACUAGCCACUCUCAAACCAAGAACCAGGCUCUUCCAAAAGGAAGGCCCUAGUGUUAAUGGGGGAAGUAGCAACCUUAAACAAUAGAGGUUGAUGAACCUGGAACUGGGCAAAAGGCUUUUUUUUGGGGGGGGGGACAAGAUGUUAGCAAUCAUAGUAAGUGAUUGUCACAAUGUGAAUGCUGGCAGGCAUUCACAGUGAUUGCCAAAGAGUGAGGCAAAGCUGUUUUUAUUGCACUGUAUUUGAGUCAGCCUUGUCCGGACUGUAUGAAUGCUUGCUUUUUUUAGAAUGUCAUAGUUUCAGUUUAACUACAACAUGUGUGUAGAACUUUUUUUUUUAUUUUCUAGCAAAACUAACGUUGGCCAUAUUCGUUUCGAUUGUAAAAUCCCUACUAGAUUUAUUUAUUUUCUAACCAGAAGUUUUUCAGUUUCCAAAAUAGGCGGAAAUCGACAAACCGCUGUGUGCAUCAGCAGACUUGACGUGGGUGGUAAUGAAACUUGUCAUUUUAACUUUUCAAUAAUGGUAAAACCCAGUCCUGGGUUUGAACUUAACCUUAUCCAAAUAUCAUUCAUUUCAAGGAAGUCUGUUAUGGCUUGGCAUAUUAAUAUUCCCUACAAUGUAGACUUUUCCAGCAGCUGCUAUGGGAUUGUGAGCUGUUGGUGCAGAGCUUCAAAGCUGUCAAACGUUUCUCUAAAAUGUGCUAUUUUCUUAAUCUAUACAACAGUAGUUGAAUUCGGAGGACAUAGAUCUUCUUACACACAGAAAUACGAUCCAUGUUGAAUGUAGGCCUAUUUUGUGUUUUUAUUUUGACAAUGCCGUUCAGCAUAAUGUCUGUUUUUAUUUUAAUGAAUGUCUUUCAGUUGUAGUGAUUGUUAUUGCUGUUUAGGGGUCCUCGAGUGGCACACCUGGUAAAAGCAUGGCCAUGCUUUGUGCAGGGUGAGCCAUACAGUCAGGGGAGCGCAGGUUCGCGUCCUGGCUAUGUGAAGUCGCCGGUCUUCGCUGGGGAUUCCAUUGUAUUGGCGAGUUAGGGAGGUAAAACCGGCAGUGACUGUUUCUCCUCUUUGCGCUACAGUGAACCCUACCGGCCAGACAUUUAGUGAACUCAGGCAGACACCUGCAGGGAUGGCUUCUGUAGCUCGCUUACGUCGGCUCUUGAGUUCCUGGGUGUGAAAGAGGAAACUGGUUUGGUCGUGGGAUCGGAGAACUCCCACUGACACUGCAGUUCUCUUGAGCUGUGUGGGGAAUUCCUGCAGUGAGGAAGAAAUAAGGGGACAUUUGUAAAUUCUGGAGAAAAUCAGGGCUUAAAUAAUAGUAUAAGUUGGUGGAGACAUUUAAUUUUAUGUUAUUAAGCAAUGUAAGCAAUGUGGGUGUUUAAAGUGGGUUAAUAACAUGUGUAGUGAUUGAAUUGUUACGAUUUGGCAAACUAUCUUUUUUAAUAAAGUAUGUUGCCUGGCAGUAGCAGUCUUGAGUACAAUAGAAGACGGCUACAUCGUCAAACAUUUUGAGAAAGUGGAAAAUCCAAUCAAGCUCAGGUGCAAGGAGCUGGGUGCUCUUGAAAGUUUGCAUUCGUCAAUGUAGCAAAACCACAACAGUACCCAACACAGCGCUCUGUGUGGGAGAGGAUGAGCUGUUGAAGGAAGCUGUCCUGGUGCCUGCUAGCACUCUGUGUACAUGUUGCCAGUGCGAUUGCCAUUGACAUCCACUCAUGAGCACGAUACACACAAGCACCAUAGAGGAAGCAGUUGGGUAUUGUAAAAUAAAUGAUUGAUUGUGUUGGCGUAUUUAUUUUCCAAGCUGUUAGAAUGUUCUUUUUUAUAGGUUGUUUCAGGCUGUUGGGUUUUAUUUCAGUUCAUUUAAGUGGCCCAAGCCGGAUAUAUGUACUACUAUUCGAUAUGUAUGUAUGUAUAACAUGCAAUAUAUAUACGUAUAUAUGAUUGUUACAAAUAAUAAUAAAAAAGUAUUUCAAUUGC